AUGACUCUGCAGGAGGAAGUCGGUGACUCCGCCCUGCCAGGUACGGCUCCUCUCCAGCCUUACCUGUGCUGUGUGCCUGAGGACCUCCAGCAGGAGAGAGAGUACCUGAGAACACAGGUGUUUCCUCACCUGGACUCGCUCUGCCGGGCCAGAGGCACCUGCUUCAAGCCCGUGGACCUGCGGUGGAGCAGAGAGACGAGCACAGAGGAAGAGAGGGGCCUCUCCUCCCAGCGGCUGAAGAUCUCCCUGGAUCACAUUGGCCACGCCCCCUUCUUCCUGUGCAUGCUUGGACACCGCUACGGCCAGUGCAGGGCUGAGGGGUCCCCACCGCUGCCCCCCACCGAGGAGGGGUGCGAGAGCCUGCCCCCCCUGGAGAGAAACCUGUACACAGCCAGCAGGAGCGGCUACCCCUGGGUCCUGGAGGCCCACAGCCAGGCCUGCAGCUUCACGGAGCUGGAGAUCACCCAGGCCCUGCUCUCACACGCGCCUGGAACCAGCUUCUUCUACUUCCGCGACUACUCCUUCAGGGAGGAAGAGGAGGAGGAGGAGGACGGAGAGCAGAGGGCACUGCUGCUGAGCGUAUGGAGCAGCCAAUCGGAGUACGAGAGGAGGAAGAUGAGGGAGCUCAAGGGCAGGAUUGUGGACGGCUGUCUGCCUGUCAGGUUCUUCAGGAGCCUGUCAGAGCUGGGACACCUGGUCAGCACAGACUGGACCCGCAUCAUCGACCAGCUUUACCCGCUCGACACGCAUCACAGAGACCUGGGCGAGCAGGGCUUGUUUGAGCACUGGGGCCAUGAGAGCAUCGUGGAGGACCUGUGCCGCAGGUUUGUCCCCUGGGCCCAAGCUGAGCAGGUGUUAGAGAGCCUCGACUCGUUUGCACUCUCCGCCACCUGCGACUCCGAGCCUGGUCCCACAGCACCGCUCCCGACCCCGCCGGAGCCUCGGGGACACAGUGCGCGAGGCAACAGCGAGAGCCACAACUCCAUCCUCCUACUCUGUGGAGCAAGGGGUUGUGGGAAGUCGAGUCUGGCCGCCUGGUGGCUCCGGCAAUUCCGGAAAAAGAACCCUGGAACCCCGGUCAUUCCGCACUUCCCGGGAUUCUGCUCCUCCAGCGCGGACGCCAGGUCCCUGCUGAGGCGGAGCUCCGCUCUUCUUCGACGAGCUCACCAUGGUGCGCGGGCUCAGUGGAGUGAGCGGUGGGAGGAGAGGGUGGAGCUUGGGCCCCUCCCCCUGACAGUUGAGGCCUUCUCUGCAGCCACUGCUCUUGGUCCCUGCGUUCUGGUUCUGGAUGGACUGGACCAGCUGACUGCAACUCUGGGCCUCUCAGCACAGCAGGUGAAAGAGCUACGGUGGCUUCCUGAUGCUUUCCCUUCCCAGUGCAAGCUGAUCGUCACCACCGCCUCCACAGACCUGUCCUACAAGUCUCUCACCUGUCGGAAGGACGUGCAGGUGCUGAACUGCCCCAGCCAAUCAGAUCCCGCCGUCAGGCGAAGCGUCCUGCUCAGGCACCUGGGCCUGCCCUGCAUGAAGGUGCCGGAGUCAGUGCUGCAGAGCAUUGUGGGAAGAAAGCCGGCCCUCCCGCCGGCCUCGCUGGCGGUGCUGGGCAGCGAGCUGCGGACCUGCUGCGUCGCGAGGGAGGAAGAGGAGGAGGAAGAGCUGUUUGAGCGCUACCUGGAGACGGAAAGCUUGCCGGAGCUCUGGGCCCUGGUGAUACGACGGUGGAUCCGGGACUACAGCUGGGCUGCGGAGACGAGGACCAGGAACAGGAGGACAAAGCCUCCCCUCGAACCCGCAACCCCCCAGAUCGGGGGCUGGGUGUGGGACGUCCUGUGCCUGCUGCACCUGUCCCGGGCUGGCCUGAGCAGGGAGGAGGUCCUGCGCUCUCUGAGGCGUCUGGGGUACCGCAGGGUUCAGCGGGUCCUGCCGCAGCACUGGGCCCUCUUCCGCUCCGCCGCUGCGCCCUGGAUCCGCGAGAGGCCCGACGGUCAGCUGACCUUCACCCACCAAUCACUGGGCCAGGCUGUGGAGCUCCUCCUCCUGAAGGCCGGGGGGAGCAGCAGGAAGGCGUACCGCCGGGUCCUGCUGGAGGGCUUUCAGAGUCGGGACCGUCCCAUCGGGAGCCAGGCCCGGGUGCUGGAGGAGGUGGCCUGGAGCCUGGAGCAGAGCAAGGCCUGGGGAGAGCUGCACUCCUACCUCACUGAUCCAGGCACCAUAGAGUUCCUGUCCAGGAGUACAGCCCACUUUCAGCUGAAGACAGAUGUGGUGAGGUGCUGGACACGGCUGGCCCAGGUGGGCUAUGACCCCCCCACCUCGCUGCAGAGGCCGCUGGUCCUGGGACAGCGCUGUCCCACGCAGGACCCCACAGUCACAGGAGUCACUGGGUCUGGGACGGAAGAGUCGGUCUCCAGCAGGACCUUCAUUACCGAGGUGGAGGGAGAUUGUGAAGAGUUUGGCAUUCUCCAGGAGCCAGAGGUCAAAGGUCGGCUCAUGGCCUUCUCCGCCGACGUCUUGCUUUGUCUGGGGAAGGUUCUGGAAGCAGAGCAGACUCUACUGCAGACAGAGGCUCUUCUCAUACAGGCUGACGGGCCAGAGAGUGGAGCUGCAGUUACAGCCACACUGCUGCACGUCCAGCACAGCCUGGCAGACCUCUGCAUGCUCAUGCAGCAGCUCCACAGAGCAGAGAACUACACCCGCAGGGCUCUGGAGUCCGCACAGCGCCUGAUAAACGAACAUGCACAGGAAGCAGGGGACGCACACAACGCACAUCCACAGGAAGCAGGGGACGCACACCACGCACUUCCACAGGAAGCAGGUGACGCACUUCCACAGGAAGCAGGGGACGCACGUUUACUAAAUCCACAGGAAGCAGGGGAUGCACAUCCACAGGAAGCAGGGGACGCACGUUUACUAAAUCCACAGGAAGCAGGGGACGCACAUCCACAGGAAGCAGGGGAUGCACAACGCACCAGAGGUCUGUUACUCUGCAAGCUGUGCCAGCUGCUGCUAAUGAUUGGCUGUGCUGAUGAGGUCCCUGGGAUCCUGAAGGAGAUCAGAGCUGUCAAUCAUGCGGGGACACACCCCUGUGCCGAGGCCACAGUGAAGUUACUGCAGGGACUCAAUGAGCUGGUUCAGGGGAAUGCUGCUGCCGCUGAACGCUGCUUUCGGGCAGCUCUGGCCACUAGGCGGCGCUGGUAUGGCCCAGAUCAUCAGCUGGUGGCAGAGGUGGAGGAACACCUGGCCGACGUUCUGGCGGGAAACGGCUGGGAGACGGAGGUCUGCAGGGGGGAAGCAGUGGAACUCUACAGACACGUGAUCCAGGUCAAAGGGCAGGAGGCGGGGCUCUACCCACCGACAUCACCACUGGCGUGGCCAACAGGAUGCAGCCUCGCAGUCACCCUGGUCAAACAAGGUGAACUGCUCCUGGGAGACUGCAGCCCUGUGGAAAGGAGGGAGGCCCUCGGUCUCUUGGAGAGGGCCCUGGACCUGAGAGUGCGCCUGUUGAGCCCAGACCACCAGCUCACCAGAGAGACAGCAGAGGUCUUAAGGUCAGAGGUCAGCGGGUCAGGAAGGCCCAGGUCCAGGCUCAGCCCUGAGAGGAGGCUAACCGCUAAGCGCAGCAGCUCGAGGUCGCCAGGCAACAGGAAGGAAAAGGACCAAUCCUGCGUGCUCGUGGACACACCCUCUCCAAUCCUGAACUGGAACCAGAACCGGAACCGCUGGUCCCAGAGACCCUGGACCGCCUGCCAGACCUCAGUGUUUGGCCCCCAGAGCAGCAUCAGGGAUCUGGACCCAGUGGCCCGAGUGGGGUCCCCAGACAGGGUUCUGCACAAAUCUGCCUGGUUCCACCUUCCAGGCCAGUACCCCAUUAAACACCCAGAGAGACAGAUACGCCCCAAAACUAUUACACACCCAGAGAGACAGAUACACCCCAACACUAUUACACACCCAGAGAGACAGAUACACCCCAACACUAUUACACACCCAGAGAGACAGAUACACCCCAAAACUAUUACACACAAAGAGAGAAAAACACCCCCCAACACUAUUACACACCCAGAGAGACAGAUACACCCCAACACUAUUACACACCCAGAGAGACAGAUACACCCCAACACUAUUACACACCCAGAGAGACAGAUACACCCCAAAACUAUUACACACCCAGAGAGACAGAUACACCCCAACACUAUUACACACCCAGAGAGACAGACAGAAAUGCCACUACACAGACAGACAGGUGGACAGAUAGGUACUUGUAAGUUGGAUAAGAUCCUCUGAUGCACAGUAGGGGGACUGUUAUCAGCGCAAUGCUACAGAUACAGAGAACAACACAUUCUGUUAUCAUGUCAAACACACCCUCCGUAUAAUCCUGUUGCCAAUCACUGGCUGCCUGAAUAAGGCACAGUCCUGUUCUGGCUUUUUUUCUGCAGUUAUGGAUACUGUUCCUGUGACUGCGGAACACUGAAGCGAACGUACAUCACAGUUACCUGUGUAGCAGAAACAAUGUGUUCUUUUCUGUACAGCCUGAGCCCUGGGAUGUUUUUCAGAAACGGGCGAGUGCUCAAACCAGCGUGACCUUGCCAGAAGCUAUUUUUUGUGAUCGGAUUCCUUGAUAAAAACUGCCCGCAACAAUGUCUGUUUAAAUCCUGAAAUAUGUACGUCCAGCAGUGCCUCAGAAUUCUGUGUACUUGGGGUUCUCUGCUUAUAUCAGACUCAGUGCCAUGUAACUGUGUCCUUUUAUAACUACUCAACUAUCAGAGCGAAUGCAGACAGCACUGUUUUAAAAAAUUGUUUUUAUAUGAUCGGGGUUUUAUAUAAACAAGCUGAUAAACCUUGGCAUGAUUGCAAAUAUGCAUAAUUAAAUAUGAAAACUUCUGUUCUUUUGUAUUGUUAUUAUUAUUAGUAUUAUUAUUUAGCCUAUACUGUUUUAGGAUAACAGUCUAGACAAAAUUCAUUUCCAUAAAUCAUAAAACACAGUUUAUGCAGCAAGACUGGGAGGAAAUCAAGUGGACCUUGACAUGGGGAAUGCCUGAGAUGAUAAAACCAUUUAGCGAUAAGCCUGUGUGACAGUUUACUCUUUCACCACA